AUGUGUGGUAUGGACGUUGACCUUGACGAUGGCGGUUCGGGUGAGGAGGAGAAAGAGGAGGAGUUCUGGGUUGGGGAGGGGGUGAAGAUGCUGCCCCCCCCUGUGGCCCACAGCGCGGGCAGUGCCCUGGGCAGCCGUAGGGGACGGUUUGGCUGCUUGGCCUGUGGGGUCGUCCUCGUCCUCUGGAACCUGUGCGUCUUCCUGGCCAGCGCUCUGUUGCUCGCCCUGGUCUUCUCUGUGGUGCUGGUGCCUGCUGUGCUGCUGCUCUACGCUGGCUUCCUCUGCCAUUCAAGGAUCCUUGACGCCCCCUCCGCUAUCUGCGGUUACCUUGACGACAACAGCUGCUCCGCCCUCAUCAUUCUGGGCUUUGUGAUGAUGUCGCCUCUUGUGGUCGUGGCAGCCGCGGUCUUCUGCGCUCUGCUCCGGAGGUUUCGACUCCUGCUCCUCCUUCAGCCGAUCACACGUGCCCGGUAUCGAGGGCGCCUGGUGGACUGGGCGGGCAGCGUCCACGCCUGGGUCUGA